AUGAUGGAGAGGAAAAAUCAAGAUUCUCAAAUUUAUAACACAUACAAGUGGGUUCUGAAUAAACUUAAAUUUUCCUAUAAAGAAGAAAAUAAUAUUGAUUACUUAAUAGAUAAAAAUAUUGAAGAGAAGAAAACUGUUGUUGAAAAGUUUCUAUGUGAUGAGGAAAAUGAUUUAUUGUUGUUUAGUUUAGAAAAUAACGAAAUGGUUAUUGCAAAGGAAGAGAAUAUAAAAUUUGAUCAGAAAAUUGUUUAUUUUUAUAAGCAUUUAAAUAAAAAUAGGAAAGAUGAUAAGAAAAUAUUAUAUGGAAUAUUAUCUCCUAAUAUUUUGGAUACGUUAAAAUUAAUGCUUAAUAAGAUAAUAUAUCCACUGUUUAUAAAUAACAAAUUGAUUAAUACAAACGUGUCUAGUGAUGAUAUAAAUAAAUUUAUGAUGGAAUUUAAUACUUAUAUAAAAGAGUUAAAUGAAUUCAUUUUAAUAUUAGAAGAUAUAAAGAAAGUAAAAUUGCGAAUGCAAAUAUAUGAUUCUGAAAUUAAUAAUGAUAAAAAAAAGGAUGAAAAUAUAUUAAAUGAUGAAGAAUGGGAAGAUAAAAAUAUUUCAUCUUGUUCAUCAUCCAUAUCAACUAUUAGAGAGUUUCAAAAGAAAGGAAAUGAAAGUGAAUAUAAAAUAAAUAAGAAAAAGAAUGAAACAGCACAUUUAACAAAAUAUUUAAAUAUAUUAGAAAACUUAUUUAAUGAUAUGCAAAUGAAAAUACAACAAUAUAAAACAUCAAAUUUAGAUGUUGGUCCAUUUAUUGAAAUACAAUAUUGGAGAUAUAAACAUCGAUAUUUAUUAUUUAUAAUUGAAGAAUUAAGAAGUAAAGAAAUUAAAAGUAUUAUAAAUAAUAUUAAUAUAAAUAAUACAAAUAAUGAAGAACAAAAAUAUACAUAUACCUUUGAUAUAUUAAAUAAAUGGAGAGAAUUAGAAACGAAAAUUGAAAAUGAAUUUAAUGAAAGUAAAGAUAAUAUAAAAUAUCUAGAAAGUAUAGAACAAUUUAUUUUAUCUUUAUAUUUAUGUAAUGUAGAAAAUAUUAUUGACAAUAUACCAUCUCUCUUAAAUUCAAUUAAAAUGAUUUAUUUAGUAGCACGUUUUUAUAAUACUCCAAAUAAGCUUAACAAUUUAUUUAUAAAAAUAACCAAUCAGAUGAUUAUUAAAUGUAAGGAGGAAAUUUAUUGUGCCAAAAAAAAAAAAAUCAGAAGAAUAAAAAGGAAACAAAAUAAAAGUAAAAAUAAAAGAAAUGAGGAAAGAAGUAGACGUGAUAUGGAUGGAGAAAAUAAUGAAGAUAUGGAGGAUAAUUUAUAUGAAAAAAAUGAUGGAAAAAAUUAUUCAACCCAAAAAAAUAAAGAUAAUAAUAACAACAAUAAUAAGGAUUAUGAUAAUGAUAAUAAUAAUGUUAAUGAUGAUGAUAAUAAUAGUGAUAAUAAUGGUGAUAAUAAUGGUGAUAAUAAUAGCGAUAAUAGUAAUGAUAAUGAAAGUUAUAAUUAUGAUGAUGAUGAUGAUGAUGAAUACUAUGAAGUGGAUGAACAGGAGGAAGAUCAUUUUAAUGGUUUCACAAAAGAAAAUAAUUAUGAUAGAGACGAUAAUUAUAAUAAUUAUAAUAAUAAUAAUUAUGAUGAUGGAGAAAAGCAUGGUAACCGAUCGUUUGAAAAUUUAAAAGAUGGAAAAAAAGGAAGUAUAUAUUUAAAUGAUGAUAUAAAAAGAGACAAACUAAAAAAUGAAGAACAUAAUUUAUGGUUAUUAGACCCUGAUAAUUUAAUUGAGAAAUUUAAUUUAUGUUUUAAAUUACAUGAAAUAUAUAAAGAAGAAUUUGAAAGUCUGAAAUGUUUUUUUGAAGAGAAUAAUUCAACAAGUAUAAGUGUUGAUUUAAACUCUAAAGUUAUAUUUUGUAAAUUAGAAAUAUUUUGUAGACGUUUAAAAAAAUUAGUAGAUUUAUUUUUAUGUAUUAAACAAUUUCAGAUAUUAAAAAGUAUAAAAUUUGAUUGUGUACAGAAUAUUACCAAGACAUUUAACAAAUAUAUAAAAGAAUUUAAAUUAAAACAUACAGAGGAUAUGUUAAAUUAUACAGAUAACUAUUUUGAUAGAGAUUUUGUUGAAUUAAGAGUAUAUAUAUCAGAAUUAGAAAGUGACUUACAAGAACAUAUGAUUAAUUUAUUAAAUAAUAGUUCAAAUAUUAUGCUUUCAUUUUUUAUAUUUUUUAAAUUUAAAGAAUCUUUCAUAAGAGAUUAUUUAAUUACUUUUAUACAAACAAAAUAUGAUAUACUCUUACAACAGUUUUUAGAAAUAUUAAAUUCUAUAAAUAACGAUUUAGAAAAUUAUAAAAACAACUUAAGUACAAAUAAAAAUAUUAAUUAUUUAAAAAAUAUAUUUUGGACCUUAAGCAUUAAUUAUAAGAUAAAUCAUAUCAUUAAAAUAUUUCUUGAUGAAAAUGAUAACAACAAUAAUAUUAUGUAUGAUGAAAAGUUCCACAUGAAUAUGAAUACUUUUGUUAAUCACGAUAUACAUAAAAACCUAAAGAAUAUAGGUAAAAAAAAAAUAUAUAACUCUGACAAAAAAGACAGUGAUAAGGAAAUAUAUAAGGAUAUGGAAGAGAUAAAAAAAGCACCUGCCCCUGAUGAACCUAUUUAUGAAAAAAUUAAUGAUAAGGUUCAAAUAGUUAGUUCGUUACAACAGCAAGUUUUAGAAUUGUUAGAAGAUUAUGAAAAAAAAAAAAACAAUGAAAAUGUAAUUGCACAUAAAAAGGAAGUUUUAUCUAUCGAUAAAAAUAAUGAUGUAUUAAAAGAAGAUGUACCUGAUGAUGAAUAUAAGGAAGAAAUUGAAUUAGAUAAAGCAGAAAAAAACAAUUUUAAAGAUAAAGAAGAAGGGGAAAAAUUAAACGAAUAUAACAAAGAAGUAAAAAUACAGAAAUCAAAACCGAAAAAAAAUUACAACAAUAAUACAUAUAAUAAUAAUGAGAAGAAGGAGAAGGAGAAAAGAAAAAAUAUUUUAUUCAAAGGAGGCGUUGGAAAAGAAGUAUUAAAAUUAUACUUAAAAAUUUCUAAAUUUAUUGAAGAAUAUAAAAAUAAAUUAUUUAAACAUUGGUUAUCGUACACAAAAAAUAUGAACAGUUUAAAUGUAACCGUUUUCGUAAAACAUCCAAAGACAAAAAACAUUAUAGUAAAUUUCGAUAAUAGAAUUAAGAAAAUAAUAAGAGAAGCAAAAAUAUUUCUUUCUUUUGAAUUUGAAUUACCUGAAGAAAUAAAGAAUAUGAUAUCUCAAGAAUCCAAAAUAUAUAGUUUUUAUUAUAAAUUUUAUAAUAUAUUAAUAUUAAUAAAAAAGAUGAAAAGUAAUAAGAAACGUGGUAUUGAUUUAAGUUUGAAAUAUUUUUUUAUAUAUAUUGAUCAAUUAAUUUUGCCAUUCCUAGUAAAAUAUACUUGGAAUAAUUAUGCCUUAGAAGAUUCGAUUGAUAAUUUAUUUAAAGAAUUAUAUUAUUUUGAUGAAUCUAUAAAUUCUUUAUAUUAUAUUAUAAAAGAUCAUAUAUAUUAUAAUAUAAAAUUACUUUAUAAAAUUCUUGAUUAUAAAAAUGAAAGAUUGGUUAUACAUAGACAAAAAAAAAUGUUUAAUAAAAGAAUAAUUUUAUGUAAUUCUAUAUCGAAGAAAAUUCAAAUAGCUAUUUUUGAUAUUUUAAGUAAUAUACAAUAUGUAUAUGAAGACAAAUUAAAAAGUAUAAUAACAAAGGAAGAAAUAAUAAAUACUAGAAAUUAUUAUUAUGAAAUAUUUUUGUCUACCUUAAAAAAAAUAUACUUAAAAAAUAUUAAGAUUUUAAUUAACACAUGGUCAAAUUUUGAUGAUAAUAAUAAAAACAAAGGUACCACACAAAAUAAUAUUAACGAUAUGAUGAAUUAUAAGAACAUGAAUAGUGAUAUAAAUAAUAAUAAUAAUAAUAAUAAUUACAAUUACAAUUACAAUGUUGUUGAAAUUUUAUUAUUAAUUCAAGACAAUGAUAUUAUCAUUAAUCCUUCCAUUAAAAGCAUUAAGGAAAAUAUAAAAAAAAUUAUAAACGUUUCUAUUAAUAAUUUAAUAUAUAUUGAUAAUUGGAUAACAACAGAGGAUUUAAUACGACAAUUUCAUGGGAACUCUGAAAAUGAAGAAGGACAUGAUAUGGAAGAUUUAUCUAAUAAAACAAAAAAAAGAGAUCAAAUUAAAAAAAAAAGCGAACACAAAAAUGAAGAAAAUAAAUUUUUAUCAAAUGAUGAAAUUAAAAGAAAAAAGAAGAAAAAAAAGAACAUAUUUGACCAAGUUUUAGAUUUCUCUUAUUUUUCGAAAAAUAACAUGAAUGAGUCAGGAACGUCUAUAGAAGAAGAGUUAAAUAUGGAAAAUGAAAAUUGUGUGGAUAAUUUGAAUUAUUACUUUGAAUUUUAUGAGAAAAUAAGAGAAGAUAAAAAUAUCGAAAAAGAAUUAUUAAAGUUAAAUGAUAAAUUAUUUGUAUUUCAAAAUGCGGUUGACAAUUUUAUUAAAAAGUUUGAAAAGUAUAAAUAUAUUAUAAAAAAUUUCCACUUACAAAAGGAACAAAAUAAUAACAAUAAUAAUAAUAAUAACAACAAUAGUAGUGAUAAUAAUAAUAAUAAUAAAAGUAAUGUGAUAGGGGAUUAUAAUAAACGAAAAGAUAUGAUGAAUGAUAAAAUAUUAGACAUGGAUUACUACAUGAAAGAUAGAGAAGAUGAUGAGGAAAAAGAAAGAAACUUAUUAAAUUUUACAGAAAAUGAAGAUGAUUUAGAAAAUGUAAAUAUGAAGAAUAGUACAAAGGGAAUCUUAGACGAUGCUAAUAUUGAUAAUAGCGAUAAUAAUGACAGUGACAAUUAUAAUGGAGAUAAUAGUGAUGAUGAUGAUGAUGAUGAUAAUAAUAAUAAUAAUAAUUUUAAGAAAUACAAAGAAGAAGAAGAGAAAAUAAAAAAAUUUAUAGAAAUAAAGAAAGAUAUAAAUAACAUAGAAAGUUGUUAUAUGCUAAAUAUGUUUAAAUUCAAUUUAGAAAGCUUUAAGAUGUAUUUAAUAAAUAUUAUUGAAAAUGAAGCAUUAGAAUGUGCUAAGAAUGUUAUUGAACCUCUUAAGAAAAAAAGUGAUAUGUUAAUUAAAAAAAUUAAUACGUUAAAAAUAAAAUUAAAAAAAAAAAUUAUAGACAUAGAUUCUUUAUAUUAUGUUAUUAAUAUAAUAAAGAAAAUACAUAUUUUUGAAUCAACUAUUGAUAUUGUCUUAAAUCCUAUAAAUGACAUGUUGAAUAUUUUAGAAUUUUACAUGAGUAAUUUUUUAAAAAAGCAAAUGGAUUCAUUAAGACAUUCGAAUAAUUAUGAUGAAGAAGAAAAUUAUCAAAUAAAAUUUAUAAAUAAUUUAGAAAAGAAAAAAUCUUCUGGUCAGUUAUAUAACUUAGAUGAUUUAUAUAAUAAGAAUUUAUUAUUUACAUUCAAUAAAUUAAAUGUAAUGAAAAAAAAGUUUGUAUCCUUUUAUAAAUUUGAGAUAGAGAAAAAGAAUUUAAUACUAAGCAAAUUUAAUGAAUUAAUAAAUUUAACAAAACAUGUAGAAGAAGAAAUACAAGAAAAAAAAACAACUAUGAAAAAUGAAUUGAUAAAUAAUAUUUAUUCAUUCAAAAUUGAUAUAAAAACAUUUAGAGAACAUUUUCUUAAAAUGAAUUUUAAAAGUGAACAUAUUAAUCCAUUGAAUGCAUUUGAAUUAUUAAAAAGAUAUAAAGAAGAAAUUAAUAUGUUAAAAAAUAAAUAUAAUAGUUAUUAUAAAGGGGAAUCGAUAUUUGGUUUGAAACAUCAAACUCAUUCGGAUUUAUUUCUAAGUUCAAAUGAAAUUCAUAAUUUCUAUUCUCUUUAUGAUUUAUAUGUACAAUUAAAAGAAAAGUUAAAUGAAUGGAAAAAUCUUAAAUGGUUUGAUGGUAUACAAAAAAUGAAAGAAUUAAAAAAUGAAAUUUUAUCCUUUGAAAAGAAAUGUUCUCAAUUACCAAAAAAUCUGAAGAUGAUUGUAAUAUAUAAAAAUCUAAUGAAAGAAAUUUUUUAUUUUAAAGAAAUUACACCAAUUGUAGAUGAACUGGAGAAAAAAACUAUUCUCAAAAGACACUGGAUAGAAAUAAUAAACAUUUUGAAGGAAAAGAAAAAAAAAGAUAUCACAGGUAAAGAGAAAAAAAUUCAAAAGAAAAAUUAUGCAGAUGAGCAAAAAGAUCAUCCAAAGGACAACAUCAACAAUAAAAGUAACAAUAAUAAAAGUAACAAUAAUAAAUAUAAUAAUAAUAAUAAUAAUAAUAAUUAUAAUAAUAUUAAUAAUAAUAUUAAGAACAAUAAUAAUCAAGUAAUAAAUGAUAAUGUUCACCAAAUUGACCCCUUGGUGGAUAUGGAUAAGAACAAUGUACUUGAAGAUUUAAAUGUUCAGCAAAUGAGUAACGAAAAUAAAAAUGUAACACAAGUUGAACUAAUCAAUGAUUUGGAGGAUCAGACAAAUAAAACAAGUAUUCAAAAGGAUAUGUUCGAAAAAAAUGAUAAUAGUGAUAAAAAUCAUAUAAAUCUUAUACAUGUUGAUGCAGAUGAAAAUACUUAUAAUACAAGUGAAUUUAAAGAUGAGAAGAUGAAGAAAAAAAAUAUAGAAAAUAAAAAAAAAAUAAAUGAUCAAACGGAUGAAGAAAUAAUCAGUAAAAAAGAUAUAUCAUUUCAAGAUGGGGGACUUUUAGAAGAAAGCGCAUAUCUGGAUGAAGAAGAAUACAUAAAUAAUUUAAACAAAUUAGAUUUAGAUAAUAUGGAUUUUUUUAUUAAGGAUAUAAUAAAUUAUCAUUUAUUAAAAAAAAAAGAUGAUAUAUUAGAUAUUUGUGAUAGUGCAGAAAAAGAAGCUAGUAUUGAAGAAAAAAUUAAUGAACAAUAUAAAAUAUGGAAUGAAACAUGUUUUCAAUUUAGUAAAUGGAAAAAUAGAGAUUAUGCUUGUAUACUUGUUGGUAGUAAAGUUAUUGAAAUACAAGAAAGUUUAGAAGAAAGUCAAAUAUUAUUAAAUAAUAUAAAUUCUACUAAAUAUAGUAAACCAUUUAAAAGCAAAUUAUUAUUAUUAUUAAAUAAAUUAUCUGAUUGUAGUGAUAUUGUAGAAAGAUGGAUAAAAGUACAAAUGUUGUGGUGUUCAAUGGAAAGUGUUUUCACUAGUGGAGAUAUAGCUAGACAAAUGCCUAUCGAAUCAAAACGAUUUCAUCAAAUCGAUAAGGAUUGGAUUAAUAUAAUUAAUAUAGCUAACGAAUCAUCUAUUGUUAUUGAAUGUUGUCAAAGUAGUAUGCUAAAAGAAUUAUUACCAAAUAUGCAAAAAGGUUUAGAAAGUUGUCAAAAAUCUUUAGAGUCUUAUUUAGAAGGGAAAAGAAGCAAAUUUCCUCGUUUCUAUUUUGUAUCCAAUUUAGUAUUAUUAAAAAUAUUAUCUCAAGGUUCAGAUAUUAAUAUCAUACAAUCAGAAUUAAUUAAAUUAUUUGAUGCUAUUAAUUAUUUAACUAUUAAAACUAUACAAAAUAAAAAAAGAAUCAUAUGUAUUAAUAAUAAAGAAAAAGAUGAUAUCGAAACCGUUCAGUUAGUAAAUCAUGUUACUAUUGAUGGUAAUAUAGAAAAUUGGCUUAUAUUAUUAGAAAAAGAAAUGCAAAAAGCUAUAAAAAAAGAAUGUAAAUUAGGUGUAUCUAAUUCAUCACAAUUAUUUAAAACACUAAAUUUAAAAGAAUUUUGUGAUAAAAAUAUAGCACAAGUUGCAUUAAUAUGUUUACAAGUAAUGUGGACAAAUGAUAUAGAAAAAUGUAUAUAUAAAUACCAUUCAGAAAAAAAUAUUUUAAAAGUUACUAAUAAAAAAAUUAAUUAUAUAAUGUCAGAACUUGUAAAUAUAUGCUUAUCCGAUUUAGGUACUAAACUAAAUAGAACCAAAUAUGAAACAUUAGUUACUAUACAUGUACACCAAAGAGAUUUAUUUACAGAAAUAUCUGCAAAAAUUAAAGAGCAUAAAAUUAAAACAACUACCGAUUUUGACUGGAUAAAACAAACAAGAAUUUAUUAUAAAGUAGAAAAAAAUAUUAUUCUAAUAAGUAUAUCUGAUGUCGAUUUUAUUUAUUCUUAUGAAUAUUUAGGUAUAAAAGAAAGAUUAUGUAUAACUCCUUUGACCGAUCGAUGUUAUUUAACCUGUGCUCAAGCUUUAGGUUUAUGUUAUGGUGGAGCUCCGGCUGGACCAGCGGGUACAGGAAAAACGGAGACAGUUAAAGAUUUAGGUAGAACCUUAGGUAUAUAUGUAAUAGUAACAAAUUGUUCUAAUCAACAUAAAUAUAAAGAUAUGGCAAAAAUAUUUAAAGGAUUAUGUAGAAGUGGGUUAUGGGGGUGUUUUGAUGAAUUUAAUAGAAUUAAUUUAGAUGUGUUAUCUGUUGUAGCUAUGCAAAUUGAAUCUAUAGUUACAGCAAAAAAGCAAUCAUUGAAAUAUUUUUUAUUUCCAGGAGAUUCAAAAUCUAUAAAUUUGAAUCCAUCAUCUGCAUACUUUAUUACAAUGAAUCCUGGGUAUGCUGGUAGACAAUUAUUACCAGAAAAUUUGAAAAUAUUUUUUCGAUUUAUAUCUAUGAUGGUUCCAGAUAGGCAAAUAAUAAUAAAAGUUAAAUUAGCUUCUGUUGGAUAUUUAGAUAUUGAUAAUUUAAGUAACAAAUUUAAGUCAUUAUAUAACUUAUGUGAAGAGCAGUUAUCUAAACAGAAACAUUAUGAUUUCGGUUUAAGAAAUAUUUUGUCUGUAUUACGUACUGCUGGUGAUACCAAAAGAUCUGCUGGACCAAAUGAAAAUGAUGAAGAAAUGUUACUUAUGAGAACAUUGAGAGAUAUGAAUUUAUCAAAAUUAAUUCAUGACGAUGUAUUAUUAUUUUUAUCAUUAUUGAAUGAUGUAUUUCCAAAGUUUCAUAAUAUAACAAAAAAAAGUUUUCAAUUAAUUGAAGAGAAUGUAUUACAAAUAAUUAAGAAAAAGAAAUUGUGUGCAAAAGGUAAAUGGAUAUUAAAAAUAUUGCAGCUAUAUGAAACAUCAUUAGUUCGUCAUGGUUUUAUGCUUGUUGGAAAUACAUUAACUGGGAAAACAGAAAUAUUAAAUAUAUUAACAUCUGCGUUAACAAAUAUAGGAAGUGUUACAAAAAUUAUAACAUUAAAUCCAAAAGCGAUUACAUCUGAACAUAUGUAUGGUGUUAAAGAUAAUUUGAGUGAAGAAUGGACUCCAGGAAUUUUUGCAAAUAUAUGGGAAAAAUAUAAUAAUAAUAAUUUAAAAUAUAAUACUUGGAUUGUAUGUGAUGGUCCAGUAGAUGCUAUAUGGAUUGAGAAUCUAAAUACGGUUUUAGAUGAUAAUAAAAUAUUAACACUAGCUAAUAAUGAUAGAAUUCCUAUGACUGACAAUACUAAAAUAGCUUUUGAAGUUGAAAAUUUAAAUAAUGCUUCACCUGCUACUGUAAGUAGAGCAGGUAUUGUAUAUAUUUCAGAUAGUGAUUUAGGUUAUAGACCUUUUAUAUAUAGUUGGUUACAAAAAUUAAAGGAUAUAAAUACAUAUGGUAUGACAUUAUAUGCUAUAUUUAAUAAAUUAUUUAUAUUUUAUCUAGAUAAAAUACAAAUCUUGUCUUUUCUAAAAGAAAAUUGUAAAUUUGUUAUGGAUAUCACAGAUUCUAUUUUAAUUUUACAAACUAUAAAUUUGUUAAAUUCACAAAUCAUUCAAUAUAUUAAUGCAAUUAAUAAUUUUAUGUACAAUGAAGAAGAUUUAAAUAAAAUUUUUUUUUUAGAUACCAAUGAAAAAAAGUUAUUGCCUCAAAGCCAAAAAUUGAUAAAAUCAAAUAUCCAAGAGGAAAAUAAUAAAUAUGAACAAGAAAAUGGUAUUUCUUCUUCUGAAAUGAAAAAAGGCAAAGAUCAAUUAUUAAAUGAUGAAAAAUAUAAAUCAUCCAAUAAAUUGGAAGAUACAAAAAAUAUGACUCUUCCAAAUGAUUUGGGUAAGAAGCCAUUAUUUCCAACAUUGGAAAAAAAAAACGAUAAGUAUGGAAAAAAUUUAGAUAAUAUAAAAAAUGAACAAAAGGAGCAAAACGAUGAAGAAAGGAAUAAAAAAAUGGAUAAGAAAGAAGUAGAUCAUGAUCAACAACAAGAUGAAGAAGAAAAAGAACAAGAGGAAGAAUAUGAUGAUGACACAAAACUUGAUGGCAUUAAUAAUUAUACACUUUCAUCUGGUACAAAAUAUGAAAAAGUGAACAUAGAGGAAUGCGAAGAAAUUAUGUUAUAUUCAAUAGUUUGGGGAUUAUGUGGCUUGUUAGAAUAUAAGGAUAGAUUAAAAGUACAUAACUUUUUGCUAAAAAAUGUACCUGUAUUAAAAAAUGUUAUGGGAGUAAAUAAAAAACUAUAUACCGAAGAAAAUGAAAAAAUAAAACAAGAACAAGAACAAAAACAAUCAAAAAAAAAAAAAGAGUUACAACACAAAGGUGAUUAUAUAAGUACUAAACAAAAUAAAGAAGAAGAUAAAAACAAUAUAGAAUUAGAUAAUGAACAAAAUGUAGAAGAUGGAGAAGAAUUCGAAAAUGAAAUAAGUCUAAUAUAUGAUUUUUAUUUUGAUAUGAAAUUAAAAAAAUUAGUUAAAUGGAAUGUUGGUCCAUUUAAAAUGCCACGUAAUAUAAAUUCUAUAUCAUCUAUAUUAAUACCAACUAUCGAAACAACAAAAGUAGAACAUAUAAUCAAAUUAAUAUCUAAUAUACCUAUUAGAUGUUAUAAUUUCCAUACUUAUAAAAGUACCUUAUUAUUAGGUUCCACUGGUUCAGCAAAAACAUCAAUAGCUUUAUUAUAUACAUCUAAACAAGAAAAAAAUACCAAAAGAUUCAAUUUCUCAAGUGUUACAACACCUGAGAAGUUUCAAUUAUUCAUUGAAUCUGAAUUAGAAAGAAAAACAGGAAAAACGUAUGGUCCUAUUGGAAAUACGAAAUCAAUUAUAUUUAUUGAUGAUAUGUCUAUGCCGAAAAUUAAUGAAUGGGGAGAUCAAAGUACUCUUGAGCUAUUAAGGCAACUUAUAGAAUUCCAAGGAUUUUAUUUUUUAGAUAAAGAUAAGAGAGGCAAUUUUAAAAAAAUUAUUGAUUUGGAAUAUAUAGGAUGUAUUAAUCAUCCAGGUUGUGGAAAUAAUGAUAUACCUAAAAGAUUAAAAUCAAAAUGGUUUAAUGUUAAUAUAUUGCCAUAUAAUUUAAAUUCUAUAAAUACUAUAUAUGGUACUGUUUUGAGGACAAAAUUUAAUAAAAAACAAAAUUUUUCAGAUGAAAUUAUUGAAAAUAUUGAUAAAGUAAUAUUGUGUACAAUUAAUUUAUUUGGUAGAUUAAAGAAACACCUUUUACCAGUACCUUCUCGUUUUCAUUAUUUAUAUACAACAAGAGAUUUGGCAAAAAUAUUUUAUUCUAUGCUUUUAUGUCCGUAUGAAUCUAUUGAUAAUAAUUUGUACAAUUUCUUAUGUUUAUGGAAACAUGAAUGUGAAAGAGUUCUUAUAGAUAAAUUAUCUAGAAUGGAAGAUAAAAAUUUUUCAUUAGAUCAAUUAAAACAAAUAUUUAAUCAAUAUUAUCCUUCUUAUAAGGAUAUUUGUGAGAAGAAUAUAUAUUUCAGUUAUUUCUAUGUAUCAGAAAAGGAACAGCAAUUAUAUAUGAUUGAAAAUGAUUUAAUAGAAAAUAAUACAGCACAAGAGAAAACGGAAAAUAAUAAAAUCAACAUAACUAUUUCACCGUCUUAUAUAAAUGAUACAUCUAAUAAUUUGAUAUCUACCAAAUUGGAUAAUACAAAUGAGCUGAAUGAAAAAAUUGAUGAUAGUAAAACUAGAAGUAAUAGUGCAUUAUAUAGACAAAACGAUGUGGAUAAUCAAAAUGUUAUGAAUAAUAAUAAUAAUAAUAAUAAUAAUAAUAUAUUGACGAAGGAAGGAGAUAACAAUGGAGAUAUUGAUAAUAUGAAUACUUUCUCUUUCUCUUGGAUGAAAAAAGAUUACAAAAUAGUCGUAGAUUUUGAACGACUAAGGUAUAUUGUUUAUGAAUAUAUGAAAGAAUAUAAUAUUAAUAAUGUUAAGAAAUUAGAUUUAGUUUUUUUUGACGAUUCAUUAAAACAUUUAAUAAUUAUUAAUAGGGUUAUGCAAACUCCAAACGGAUCAUGCAUGUUAGUAGGUGUUGGUGGUUCAGGAAAAAGAUCCUUAACAAAACUUAGUGUUUUCAUAAGUGAACAAGUAUUAUUCCAAUUAAAUAUAACGAAGACAUAUACGAAGAAUUUAUUUUUUGAAGAUUUAAAAAGUUUAUAUAUAUCUGCUGGUCAAAUGAAUAAGAAAACAACAUUUUUAUUAAGUGAUAGUGAUAUUGAAAAAAAUGAUUUUAUUUUAGAACAUGUAAAUUCUAUUUUAUCUACUGGUUUAGUAUAUGGCCUUUUUAUUAAAGAUGAAAAAGAAGCCAUUUGUGCAGAGAUGAAAGAAUCAUACUUAAAAGAAAUGAAUAAAUCUAAUCAAUCAUCAAAAAUAAAAGGAGGAAAGAAAAAAAAAAAUAGAAAUGAUUAUAAUAAUAAUAUAGAUGAUAUGGAUAUGGAUGAAUAUCAUUCAAAAGAUUCACAAUCAAAAAGCGAUGCUUCAUCAACAAGUAGUAUUGAUAAUGAUAGUAUAAGUAAUGAAAAUAUAACAAAUAAGAAAAAGAAAAAAGAUGAAAAAGUUAUAAAUGAUUUUAAUGUUUCAUCAAAUGUGAUAUUUGAUUAUUUAUUAGAUAAUGUUCGAAAUAAUCUUCAUAUUUUUUUAUGUUUUUCUCCUAUACAUAAAGAAUUUGCUUUAAGAUAUCAACAAUUUCCAUGUAUAUAUAAUUGUGUAACUAUUAAUUGGUUUUUAAAAUGGCCAUUAGAAGCUCUUGUAAAUGUUUCAACAGCCUAUUUAAAUAAUUUUAAUAUAGAUAUCGAGGAUAAUUUAAAAGAUGAUUUUUUCAAUUUAUUUGCUAUUGUACAUAAUAAGGUCUCAGAUACCUGCGACACUUAUAAAGAACGAAUGAGAAGAAAUACAUACGUGACUCCGAAAUCUUAUUUGUCUUUUAUUGAUUUAUAUAAGCAAAUGUAUGUUAAGAAAUAUGAUGAAAUAAAAUGUUUAAAAGAAAGUGUGGAUAUUGGUUUGAAAAAAUUAAACGAGGCAGCUAUGGACGUACAGAAAAUGAGAGAAAGUUUAACAUCGGAAGAAGAGAAAUUAAAAGAAUCCGAUGAGCAAAUGAAUAUAUUAUUAGAAAAGGUAAAGGAUGAAUCACUCAAAGCGGAAAAACAAAGUGUAGAAGUUUCUAAAUUUAGAGAUAAAUGUAUUAAGGAAAAAGAUUUAAUUUUAAAAGAUCAAGAAGAAGCAGAUAAAGAUUUAAAAGCAGCUUUGCCAUAUUUACAUGAAGCAGAAGAAGCUAUUAAAAGUAUAACAGGAAAAGAUAUCACUGAGUUGAAAAGUAUGAAAACCCCAUCUGAUAUUAUUAGAAUAGUUUUUGAUGGUGUAUUAAUAUUAUUACAAGGGAAAUUGAAAGAACCUAAAAUCGAUGUAAAAUAUGUCAAUAAACAACAUAUAGACUUUAUACAAGAUUCUUUUGAUGAAUAUGCAAAACCUCUAAUGGCAGAUAUUAGAUUUCUAAAUUUAUUAUUUGAUUUUUCUAAAAAUGAGAAAGAUAAUAUUAAUGAAGAAACUAUUGAAUUACUUAAACCAUAUAUUCAAUCUACUUUUUUUAAAACUCAAAUUGCUAAAAAGGCUUCUGUUGCCGCUGAAGGGUUAUGUAAGUGGGUUGGUGCUAUGGCUAUGUAUAAUCAAGCUUCAAAAAUCGUUAAGCCUAAAAUGAGUUAUUUAAAAAUUCAAACAGGUAGAUUAGAAGAUGCUUUAAAACAAUUAGCAGAAGCAGAAGAUUCUUUGUUGAAAGCACAGUUGUUUGUUGAAAAUUUAAAUUUAGAUAUUGAAAAUAUGUUUAAAAAAAAGAAGGCAUUAGAAGAAACUGCUUUAAAAACUAAACAAAGAAUUGAACAAGCGAAUAAAUUAAUUAAUGGCUUAUCUAGUGAAAAAGAUAGAUGGACAGAUGAUUCUAAUAAUUUUUCAAAUAUAAAGAAAAAAAUUGUUGGUGAUGUUUUUAUAUGCUCUUCUUUUAUAACAUAUUGCGGCAUGUUUAAUACAGAAUUUAGGAAUUAUCUUAUGAAUGAUGUUUUUUAUAAUUAUACGAAGAAUAUAAAAAACAUCCCAGUAUCAUCUAAUAUAGAUAUUAUAAAAUAUGUGUUAUCUUCUGAUGAUACAAAAAUAUGUGAUUGGAGUGUACAGAAAUUACCAAAUGAUAAAUUAAGUAUAGAAAAUGCAUUGAUUUGUGAAAAUAGCAAUAAAUAUGUGUUAUUAAUAGAUCCCCAAUGUCAAGCAAGUAAUUGGAUUAAAAAUAAAGAAUUUCAGAAUGACUUAUCUAAUCAAAGGUGUAUAACUACAUUUAAUAGUACUAAAUUUAAAGAUAAUUUAGAAUAUUGUUUAAGUGAAGGGAAAACAUUAUUAAUUGAAAAUGUCGAGGAAUAUAUUGAUCCUAUAUUAGAUUCAGUUUUAGAAAAACAAAUUAUAAAAAAAGGGAAAAAGAAUUAUAUAUUGAUUGAAAAUAAUUUAAUAAAUUUUGAUGAGAAUUUUAAUUUAUUUAUGACCACUAAUAUACCUAACCCUAAUUAUAGUCCUGAAAUUUAUGCAAGAUGUUGUGUUAUUGAUUUUACAGUAACAGUUAAAGGACUGGAAGAUCAAUUAUUAGGUAGAGUAUUAACAGAAGAACAGAAACAUUUAGAAAUAACAUUGAAAAAUAUUAUGAUAGAAUUAAAAGAUAAUACAAAAUCAUUACAAGAUUUAGAUAAGCAGUUGUUAUAUAAAUUGAAUACAAGUAGUUCUAAUCUUAUAGAAGACGAAGAAUUAAUAGAAGUAUUAAAUAAUACUAAAUUACUGUCUAAAGAACUUGAAUCGAAAUUAAAAGAUAGUAACGAAAAGAAAAAAGAAAUCAAUGAAAAAAGGGAACAAUAUAGAAGUGUAGCAUUAAGAGGAAGUAUAUUAUAUUUUUGUAUCGUUGAUAUAACUAAUGUGAAUUAUAUUUAUAAUACAUCUUUACAUCAAUUUUUGGAACAAUUUGAUUUAUCUAUUAAAAAAGCAGAAAAAGGACAGCAUAUUAAAAAAAGAGUAGAAUCGAUAUUGUAUACAUUAACAAAUUUAAUAAUAUCAUAUAUGGAAAGAUGCCUAUUUGAUCACCAUAAAAUUAUAUUUAAAUUAUUAAUAUCUUUGAAAAUAUUAUUAUAUGAUAACAUAAUAAGUAAUAAGGAUAUAAGUUUUUUUCUAAAUCCGUUAUCUCAUUAUAAUCCUUCAAAUGACAUAAAUAGUGAGAUGACCAAUACAAAUAUGUUAAAUGAUCCAAUGGAUGUCUUAAAAAGUAAGAAGAAUAAGAAAAAUAAUAAGGAAAUGAUUAAUAAUAAUAAUAACAUGAGUAUUGCAAUAAACGCGGUGAUAAAUAAUACUAUGGACAGUAGUUCUAUGAAUAAUGAUACUAUGAAUGUUUACUUGGGAAGCAAUGAAAAUGAUAAAAAUAAGAAGGAUACAAAUACAAGUGAUGUUAUGUCAUCAUCAUCUAGCACAAAAACUGGAUCCCGAACGACUACAACAACAACUACUACUACUACUACUAUUACUAAUAAUAAUAAUAAUAAUAAUAUGGAUGGUAAUAGUUCUAAUAAUGCUGGAGAUAUAAAUUCAUGUAAAAAUAAUACCUCUGUUACAGAUCAUAAUAUAAGUAAUAAGAAUAAAAUCGAUUUACAUAAAAAAGGAGCAGGGAAAGGUAAAAUCAGUUCAACAAAAUGGUUAUUCAAAAAUGAAAAGUUAUACAAAAAUAUUAUAUCCUUAUCCAACCAUUCCUUUGGAAAUGAUAAAAAUAAUCGAUUUUUUUAUGAUAUAUUAAAUGUGAUUCAAUUAAAUGAGAACACAUGGAAAAAUUAUUAUGAUAUAUUAGAUAUAGAAAAUAAGAAUAUACCUUAUUAUAAUGAACGUUUAGAUGUUAAUAGUCAAAUUAGUUCUUUCAUAAAAUUGUGUUUAAUUCGAUGUUUAAGAGAGGAUAGAACAAUUUUAUGUGCAAAUAAAUUUGUAGAUGAAGUUUUAAAUAGAAAUAGUGAUACUAUAAAACAUGAGACAUUAGAAAAUAUAUUUUCUGAAUCAAGUAAUAGGAAACCAUUUUUAUUUUUAUUAUCCCUAGCUAGUGAUCCCACUAAUAUGAUAGAUGACUUUGCUAAAAAGUUUAAGAAAUAUCCUACUGAUAAAAUAUCAAUGGGAGAAGGUCAAGAAGUUAUAGCAAAAGAAAAAUUAAAAAAUGGUAUUAUUAGUGGUAAUUGGUUAAUAUUACAAAAUUGUCAUUUAAAUAAGAAUUUCAUUAUAGAUGUGUAUAAUAUGUUAAAGAAUUUAAAUGAAAUAGAAGAAGAUUUUCGUUUGUUUUUAACUUCAGAACCAGAUGAUGAAUUUCCUAUAUGUAUAUUACAUGGAAGUAUAAAAAUAUCUACUUCCUUAAGUAGUGGUAUAAAAAAUAAUAUGAGAAAAAUAUAUAAAGAUAUAAUAAAAGAAGAUAUAUUAGAAAAGAUUGAUGAUGAUAAAUAUCGAAAAAUUAUAUAUUCUUUAUCAUAUCUUCAUUGUGUUUUAUGUGAAAGGAAAAAAUUUGGUCCUUUAGGUUGGUGUGUACCAUACGAAUUUAGUAUAACUGAUUUAUUUGCAUCUUAUUUAUUUAUAGAAAAACAUUUAUAUUCUACAUUAUUAGUUAAUAGACCAAUAGAUUGGGAAUCUAUUCAUUAUAUGCUUGCUGAAGUCCAAUAUGGUGGUAAAGUUACAGAUGAUUUAGAUCGAGAAUUAUUAUUAACAUAUGUUCAAUAUUAUUUUAAUGAAGAUUUAUUUAGAAUGAAAAGUGAAGGUUCUUGUGAAUAUUUGAAUUUACCUAAGUUUUAUGAAAUUACUAAUUUUAAAAAUUUUAUAGAAAAAAUACCAAACAUUGAUACUCCAUCUGUUUUAGAUUUACAUAAUAAUGCUGAGAUAACAUAUCGUGUGAAUGAAGCACGACAAGUAUUAAACUCUAUUUUAGAAAUUCAACCAAGAGAUGUAGAUCAAGGUGAGGAGAAAAGUAUGGAAACGGUUGUACAGGAAAUGUGUUUGGGUAUUCUUCAAAAUUUACCAACAGAUAUUAAUUUAGAAGAUGUAAAAAAAAUACUGUAUAGAAAAAAUAAGAAUAUACAACCAAAUAUGCAAACAAAUGCUCAAUUGAAUGUAACAUGCAACUUGGGUGCUACAACCAAAAAUUUCGGUAUAUUAGAAAAUAGUUCUUAUAAAGGUAAGAAUAGAGAUUAUAAUAUAGAUACUAAUGAUAAUGUUAAUAAUAAUAUACUACAAAAAAGUGUUAUGUUAAACAAUCCAAAUAAUUAUACUGCAAAUGUCGGGAAAUAUAUAAUUCCAAGUGAUAAUAAAAAUAAGAACCUAGGUUUGGUAAAAGAAAAUGAAUUAUCAUUAGAUAUUCCAGAUAUUGCUUAUUGGGAAAAUGAUAAUGAAGGAGAAAAGAACGUUCAGUAUAAUUUUUCACCACUUCAAGUUUUUUUCUUACAAGAAAUGGAAAGAAUAAAAAAAGUUAUAGAUUUAGUAAAAGUCAAUUUAAAUGAUAUUAUUAGUGCUAUUGAUGGUUCUAAAAUUAUGACGGCUGAUUUACAAAAUGAUACGAAAUAUAUUUUUUCACAAUCAGUUCCUAAAAAAUGGAUAUAUGAUGCAAGUGAAACUGAAAUAUCUUGGAUAUGUAAUAAUUUGAAUCAAUGGUUAAAUAUACUUAAUUUAAGAUAUGAACAAAUUAUGAAUUAUAUAUAUAAUGGUAAAUUGAAAUCUUAUUGGUUACCUGGUUUUUUUAAUCCUCAAGGGUUUUUAACAAGUAUGAAACAAGAAAUUACUAGGUUAAAUAAAAAAGAUCAACUUUCUUUAGAUGAAGUAGUAUUAUAUACAGACAUAAAAAAUUAUGAUGUAGAAAAAAUAAAAGAAUUUCCAGAACAUGGAUUUAAUAUACAUGGAUUAUUUAUUGAAGGUUCCAAAUGGAAUUGGCAAGAAGGGAAAUUAGAAGAAAGUUCACCCAAAAUAUUAUGUGAAAACAUGCCAGUAAUACAUAUUACCGUUGUAUCAAAUAAAGAUAAAAAAAUCAAAUUUAUUGAAAAUAAUAAACAUAUGUUUUAUAAUUGCCCAGUAUAUAAAUAUAAUGUUAGGACUGAUAAAUAUUUUAUUUUCCGUAUACAUUUAAAAUCUGACAUAGAUCCUUCUAUAUGGAAAUUGAGGGGAACUUCAUUAUUAUGUUCCAAGGAUUGA